CUUUUUCUAUUUAUUAUGAAACAGAACGCAAAAUGUAGCCGAAUUUAUAAGCAUGUUUGUAACGUUGCACCUGUUUCUUGCUUCGGUGUAUUUUAUCUUUGUAUAAAAGCACCGACAUCCAUGCAAAUCACACAGUCUGGAAGAAAUUUAGGGCUGACAGGCGACGUAAUAGGUGAGAGGGUGUUUGAAUUGUCUUUUUGAAGCAUUUUUGGAACUAUUCAAUUUUCACCUUUAGAAAAGGCUAGGAAAAAUGUAGGUAAAAGAAUUGGUUGCUCUCGCACAGCUUGAAGAAGUCGUAAUUUUCACAUCCCCAAAACAAAUGGACACCGAUAAAGAGCAAAAGAAAUGAAGUUGUCAGACAAUCUGCCUCAAUAAAUCUGAAUAGUCGCGACGGCAGGAGUUUUCCAACUUUUUUUUACUAACAUUUAGUUACAGCACUGAGCCUACUGAGAACCAUUCGCGAAUGCGACGACAUUGCCAUUGUAUGCGCCUUGAUCCUGGUUGAUUGCUGUUUUUGUUGUAGAAGAUCUUGUGUUUGUUUAUCAUAUUUUGGUACUAGAAUGUAUGUUUACUUGAAUGGUAUGUCGUGUCGUUUUCACCUUCCACGUAAAUGUCCUAAGCACGACGUGUGAGAGUAAAUGAUGACUGCUAUGAUUAUUCCUAAAAGUAUCAUCUGUAAAGGAGCCAACAUUGUUAGACUAACGUAUAUGCUCCUCCCACAACUAAAAAAUAACAAACUUCUUUUCACUAAAAAGAACUUCUUUCUUGUUUUCCGACCGAGUAGAACCGACGGUUGUAACCGUGAACUUCUAUCUCCGUUCUAUCAGCAAAAUUGACGAUUAUAAAAUGGAGUACAGCGUUCAGCUUACAUUCCGAGAGCAGUGGCUCGAUGAACGACUGAAAUUCAAUGACUUUAAUGGAAAAAUUAAGUACCUGACCUUGACGGACGCCGCUAGGGUGUGGAUGCCGGACUUGUUCUUCUCAAACGAAAAAGAAGGCCACUUCCAUAACAUCAUUAUGCCCAACGUCUACAUCCGUAUCUUUCCGUACGGCUCCGUCCUCUACAGUAUUCGCAUUUCGCUCACAUUGUCGUGCCCGAUGAACCUCAAGCUGUAUCCCUUAGAUAGACAAGUCUGCUCCUUACGGAUGGCCAGCUAUGGGUGGACAACCAACGACUUGGUAUUUUUGUGGAAGGACGGCGAUCCUGUACAAGUUGUCAAGAACCUCCAUCUUCCUCGGUUUACACUGGAAAAGUUCUUAACGGACUAUUGUAACUCGAAGACUAAUACAGGAGAGUACAGUUGCCUCAAGGUAGAUCUACUCUUCAAGCGGGAGUUCUCAUACUACCUCAUCCAGAUCUACAUUCCCUGCUGCAUGUUGGUCAUCGUGUCCUGGGUGUCCUUCUGGUUGGACCAAAGCGCCGUGCCUGCCCGCGUGUCGCUGGGGGUCACCACUCUGCUCACCAUGGCCACACAAACCUCAGGUAUCAACGCCUCGCUGCCGCCCGUCUCGUACACCAAGGCCAUCGACGUGUGGACGGGCGUGUGCCUCACGUUCGUGUUUGGCGCGCUGCUCGAGUUCGCGCUGGUCAACUACGCGUCCCGCUCGGACAUGCACCGCGAGAACAUGAAGAAGCAGCGCGCCGCGUGCGAGGCCCUGGACCACGGCCCGGACCCCGGCGACCUCAUGGAGGACGGCAACACCACCUUCCCCAUGGUCCGGCAGUGCGAGAUCCACAUGCAGCAGAGCCGGCCGAACUGCUGCAAGACUUGGCUGUCCAAGUUCCCCACGCGCUCCAAGCGCAUCGACGUCAUCUCCCGCAUCACGUUCCCGCUCGUCUUCGCGCUGUUCAACCUGAUUUACUGGUCCACGUACCUGUUCCGGGAGGAGGCCGAGGACCAGUAAACCUUCCCCACAUCCUCAUCAUCCUUCAUGCCGGGUCGACGUGAUCCGAGUCACUUGGAGCGCUUGCCACCAGACGAGUUGCGGACCACGACGGCGCCGGACACCGACAAGAAACUGCCAACCUCACCAUUUUCUACUCCUGGGCUGCUGGCAGCUCCCUGCACCUGCAGCCAGGUGUGCCAACAACGGAACCAAAGUCGUGCGCGUCAUUAGAAAACAGAAGUGCCUUCACAGAAAGAAGAAAUUGCCAUCUCCCUUCCCUUUUCGCACAGUAUCUUAUGCGUAUAUACUCAUCGUGUUGUGCAGCGUGAUUGUGUAUCUAUGCAUGUGUGUAUUUAUGUGUGUAUGUGUGUUAGUCCGCGCGUGUGUGCACGUGCACGUGCGCGCGCGCGCGCGUGUAAGUGUGUUUGUGUGACAUGUGUGUGUGUGUGUGUGUGUGUGUGUGUGUGUGUGUGUGACGAGAGGGCUCUCAACCGCUCACUUGUAUAGCCAAACGACUAUUUUGUCCGUGCAGAGCCCUUAAGAGUCGCCAAACCAAAAUGUACUUAAAAUGGACGAGGUCUGUGAUCAUAUUUUUUAUUAAAAGAGACAUUGCGUGCAGGAGAA